AUUCGUCAAAGACCUGUAACGUUUUGGUAGUGGUGUGUGCCUUCCUUCAAUGCAUUGCAAUGUUCUGGCUUUGUUGGUAAACAACAUACUUUAGUCGGGGGUUGGGACGAUUAACUAUAGAGGAACUAAAUGGCCAGUCUUGGUUCGACAUCAGACAUGGACUGCCUAAACAUGGCCCUGUUGGACACCCCAACAUCUCCAACCUCACCAGAACAAGGCGGGAGAACAGCACCUCUGGAUUUCCCCCACGCCACACCUUUGCAAUUUGGAAUAACAACUAACAGCUUCUCUGUGCCCUCAAAACUCCAAGACAAAUCCAGAGUGUCACAGCUGAAGGCCAGGCGGAGGUCGACAAUUGGAGUCAGGGGGUCCCCAGAAACAAAUGCUCUCAUCCGCUACAUUGCAAAGCAGAGAAUGCAGGCUUCUUCACCUACAACAGAGCAUCUGCGAUUGCAAUCGUCACUGCCAAGAACCCAAACGCUGAAGCAGAAAAUGGCUGCCUUCCAGAUUGUGAUGGAGGAGGUUGAUGAGGAGGGGAAAUUAGAAUUGAUGAUUACUCCAGGAAAGAGCGAUCAGAAGCUGGAGUGUAUCGGUGCAGGCAAUACCCAUUCUGAUAAACUGGACUCACUCCUGGGUAAGGAGAACAGGGUCACACCAGGCUAUCUUAGCCCCGCAACACCCCCACCCUCAAAGCGAGUGUACAGAGGUCCACUACAGGAAUGUGAGGGGAAGAUUAGAGGGGCCACAUUCUCUGCCCCUCAGGAGAAGGUUCGAGUUUUUGACUUUCAGAGCAUUGCACAUCAGGACACUACGUUUCAUCGACAGGUUGAACAUAUGCCAUUCCCUGUUCUGUCUCAACAAACUAAAGCAAGCUUAAACCGUAGAGAUGAGCCUGGGGUCUCAUCUGUUACCAAGAAGAAGCGGGUACAUUUUGGGGCGCCGCUCUCUCCCGAGUUCUUUGACAAGACUCUCCCUCCGAGCACCCCACUACAGAAGGGUGGCACCCCAUUCCGGCAGCCUGUAUCAGCAGGCUCAAACUUGCGGCCGUUACUCAAGACCCCCCAGAGAAAUGAAGCUUCCAUUCAACAGCCUGACUUCAACAGUCCAGGUGCUGCUGAUGGCUCACCGACACUCAGCCAGACCAAAGUCCUCCAAGGAACAGUGAGCAGUGACAUUGUGUUCCGAGAUACAGAGGAUGAGGUUCCUCGACUUGUACUGGAGGAGAAUGCUGAGGUUGACCUUGUGACAGAGUUGAACAGUGCAGGUAUUUCUGAAGAUGCCUCCUCAAACGAGCUGAGAGGCUCCCAGGCCCAUGUCGUGACCUCUCUUUUCCAGACAGAGCCCUUCCUUGAGGAACAGACAGCAGGAUCUGAGCUGAAGCUCGUCUCUUCCCCCCAGCAGCAGCAGGACCCCGCCACCUCGAGCAGCCCUGCCAGGCCCCGCGGCAGGAAGAGGAAGCCACCGGCGGCAGCACAUGCUGAGAGCGAACCCCAGCCAGGAAGGCGGAGGCCCAGCCGCUCGGCUGCGGUCUCGGCCUCAGGGAAGAUGAAGGACUCUGCAGGAAAGCGGCGUUUUGGAAGUAAGGAGGUGGACCGCUCUCUGUAUGGGAGGAGAGUAUACGCCUCCAAAAACCCUCUGCUCAGCCCCGUCUUUGAAUCCCAGGGUUCCAGCAGUGGUGGCGUCACUCCAGCUAACCCGUCUGGAACAUCCACAGGGAAUGGAGUUCCUCGCAAGUCCCUGCCUACUCAGAGUUCCCAAAGUGAAAUUGUUAGUGAUGUCGUCACUGCUGCCAGCAGGUGGCGCCAACGCUUCUGCCCCCAGCCCACUGAGGAACCCUCAGACAUGAGUGACCUCACCGAGGCCCAGCAGGCCACAGGGGACCAUCCUCCUGAAAUCCCCGCAGACGGAUCAGAGGUGAGCAGCCUGCCGUCCCAGGCCGCAUCCAGCACCACACCCAGAGGCAGGGGCCGCCCUAGUAGGGCCAAUCCCAAACCCAAGACUCCAAAAGCUGAAGCUGCCCCGGCCAAGCCCACGGUCAGACGCAGCAGGGGCAGAAGAAGUGGCUCCCUGCGUAGCGAUGCUGCUGCCCACAUGACUGAGGCCCAGCCUGCUGGCGAGGAACAUGAGAACGUAACUGGGCAGAGCAGAGGCCAGAUCCACCCCGAGGCAGAAUCAGCGCUCUCCAGCCAGCCCACUCGUGACCAUCAUGAGAGUGGUGGCCUUCAGCUGAGCCCUCGCCACUCCACUGAGACUGCCGACACCCACGGGGCUGAAGCAGCGCUGUCCCACGAGCCCUGCGGCGAGACCGAGCAUCAGACCGUGACGAGCGCUGAUGGCAGACAGAGCCCUGCCAUGGAGGGAGAUGAGAGUGACGUGGACACUCUACAGCACCAGGAUCCAGCUGGUCCCUCAGGCAAGCAGAGGAAGAGAGCAGUUGGAGGCAGAGCCAAACGGAGGAGCUCUCGGAUACAGCUCAGCGCAGUGAUGGAGGAGGGUGGCCCUGGACAGGAGAACGGAGAGGUGACCGAUGAGAAGGAAUCUGAACUCCCAGCUCCGUCUGGGUUGGAGGACUCGGGCAAGGCUGGCGUGUCCGAGUCCAAGGGUACAGACAAAAAUGGCCUGGAGGACAGGGACGCGCAGGAACACAGAGUGAACUCGCAUGCAGACAACAAGACUAGUCUGGCACCGUGGCAGCAGAUAGAGUUCAGUAUUGAGGACGUGCUCAAGCCGGUGCCGUCGAGCAGGCGUUCAGUGCGGCGCAGCCUAAGGAACCGGAGCGAGCAGGUGUCCGAGUCCGGGGCCUUUUCCGGCCUGGCAUGGGUGGCACACACUUCCCCCGACAUUGCCGCGCCCCGCCGAGCGGGCCGCAGAAGAAACAGCUCACGCCUCAGCAUCAACCUCCAGCCCCCAAACCUUCUGGAAGAGCCCGAACCCCAGGAUGAACCUGAGCCAGCAGAGCCAUGAAGGCAUACUGUGCUCUAUAAGUUUACCAAACCGUGGGAGAAGACUUUCUUUUAGAUCUGUUUUUGGAGGAGGUUGGUUUUAUAUCUAAUCUUUUAUGUUUUUUGUUUUCUUUUGUUUUUAUAUUUUUUUUUACCUAAUCAUUCAUCUGGCUCUCUGUGGCAAACCCAUCCCUGAAGCUGUUGGAAGCAUCACAGUGCAUUCCUAAUAUCUAAUAUAUUCUAUGUACAUCGAAACAUCUGAGCCCGGUUCGAAACAAGCACUCUGACUUCCAUUGUGUGACCCCUGUAAAUAUACCUCUUUUAUUCGCCAUUAAAACCACUGAAUGAUGCCCUGAUUGACCAUCAUUUCACAGAGAGCAGUUUUUCGAGAGGCAAUUAUCCACAUGUUAGUAUGACUCACUAUCCAAACAAAUGACGGUCAUUAAACAGGAAACUGUUGUAAUUUGUGUUUGUAGACACAUCCAUACAGCACAUCACUUCUGUGUGAUUCACUGAGAGUUUCAGUGUUGUUGUCAUGAUUCAUAAGCAUCUCUUAAAAUACAUGUGGUCACCAGGCUCACCAGUUUCUGCUUGGUAGUCAUGUAAUAAUUUGAAGGUUAAGUUACUGGUCCUGUUCUUCUGCCCAUGAAUGAUGUCUACUGUAUUAUUAAACUCAGAUGUUGGGAAACGUUG